UAACCUUUUUAGGUCAUUCAGCUGACCGACGGAGCCCAGCGGUGUAGCGGCUAAACCCUACCCCUCCACAAAAGUGAGGUUUUGUUCAUAUUUUGGCUUCUAGAUCUCCCAGCUGCCCGACGAACACCCCGGAGCUUUCCUUGGCUAAUAUGGCAGGGAGGAACCGUUUUCCUCGUCACCAGGAUCCACGAGGCUUUUAUGACGGCCUCCAACACCCAACAAGGCGACAUGCUCCUGUUCCUCUCCACCCCAUCGAGGAAGAGAUCGCUAUACGCCGUGAUGAGAUCCGUCGGCUUCGUGCUGAUAACCAUUUACUCGUCGAAGAAAAUGUUGCAUUUAGGAGGGAAAUAACUGCCGCGAAAGAGGAACUCCAUGUACUUGGUGAGUUGAUACCCAAGAUUCGUUCUGAUAAAGAGGCUCAGACCCGGGAACUGAUCGAAAAAGGCAUGAAGCUCGAGAAAGAGCUCCUAGGCUUCGAGCCUCUCAGGGCCGAGUUUUUACAGUUAAAAUCUGAAGCUCAGAAGCUCGAUAAUCUGCGGAAAGAGCUCUCCAGUGAUGUGCAGAACAUGUCAAAGGAGCUCAAACACAUUCAGGCUGAGAACCAGCAGACACCUUCACUCAGAUUGGAGAUCGAAGGCCUGCACCAGGAGCUGGCCAGAGCCAGAACGGCUUACGAGUAUGAGAAGAAAGCAAACACCGACCAGUUGGAGCAGAGGCAAGUGCUGGAUAAGAACCUGGCUUCGAUGGCCCGAGAAGUCGAGAAGCUGAGGGCGGAGCGCUUGGGUGUGGAGAGCAGAGCGAGGGGAUCUGGUCCUACUGGAGCUUAUGGAGGUGAGAAGGGAGUCUAUGAUUCUGGUUCUUGGUUGCACUACGAUCAUCGCGGCUUUCCUCGCCAUUGAUUGAUUGUUCUCCGAUCCAGUUAGUAUUUUUCUGAACUUUUCAAAUCAUGGUUAAUUGGAAAUUAUGUGAAACUUGAUAGUUUUCGUUGGAGUUUAGCAAUGUGAGCUUAUGAACAUGAUGAGAUUUUUUGAUCUGGUUUGAAUGUUUUUUUCUACCUGUUGUGCUGAACUUGCUCAAGAUGGUGAGCUCUCAUUGUCUUUGACUUUAACCGGGUUUGAUAUGCAAUAUUUUAGUCAACUUUAAUUUUA